AUGCCUCCCACCAACAAUCUCUGGCACCUCCAGCAGCGAGGCGAGCCAAUCCACACCUUACCUGACCAGGGCAAAUACAUCGCUCCGGCUGAAACAAGCCCCCACAUCGCCACAAUCCUAGGCUUCCCCUCGCGCUCCUCCACCUUCCCCAGCCUCUACGACCGCACCUGCGACGAGAUCAUCGAUCUAGCCGGGACAAUCGCGCACUUCGAGCCCGUGCGCCUGCACGUCCGGCCCGAAGACCAGUCGCGCGCUCAAUCCCUACUCGACAAGCGCAUGCAAGACGCGCCAGCCGAAGAAAAGGCACGUAUCACUUUAAUCCCGGUCGCAACGAAUCACAUCUGGGUACGCGACACGGGUCCCGUGUACGUGCGCGGUGCCGAAGACAACAAGCGCUAUGCGAUUGAUUUCCAAUUCUGUGAAUGGGGGAAUAAAUUAGACGAUCUGAUAUACAAUAGCAGCGCUGACAAGGUCGCUGCCUUGAAGAUCGAGGAGGAGGCAGAAGACUGGCCCGUUCUGGACGCGAGGGAACGGAAUGAGAAUAGCGAGUUUGCGCGUCGUGUUCUGGAAGCCGAGAAUGCUUCGAAUCCCGAUCAACCUGUCACGCGGGUUGCAUCCUCCGUGCGCCUGGAAGGCGGCGGUGUUGAGAUGGACGGCGAGGGAACCUUUAUGGCUACGGAGAGCAGUGUGCUUGUGUCGUCUCGGAACGAGGGCCUCUCGCGCGCCGAGAUCGAAGCCGAGCUGCGACGACUUCUCGGGGUGAGCAAGUUCAUUUGGAUUCCUGGUCGAGAGGGUCUCGACAUCACGGACUGUCACAUCGAUGCCGAGGCAAGGUUUAUCCGGCCUGGCGUUGUGGUUGUCUGCAAGCCGCAUCCAUCAUGCGAACAAAUCUACUGGGACAUUUACAACGAGGCACGAGCGAUUCUGGACAAUGUUACGGAUGCGCAGGGCCGCAAGCUCGAAGUUCACGAUAUUGAGGAGCCGGAUCCAGCUCUGGUCAAGGGUGAUAUUCCCGGUGAAGAAGAUGCACCCGCGGCGUCAUAUGUGAACUUUUACUUCGUGAAUGGUGGGCUGGUCGUUCCUGCGUUUGGAGAUCCCGAGCCGGAUCGCAAGGCUUUCGAGCUUCUGCAGAAACUCGUUCCUGAACGUGAGGUUCGACAGGUGGCUGUUAAUGCAUUGCCCAGGACUGGAGGUGUGUUGCACUGUACCACGCAGCAGGUGAUGUAG